AUGCGCUUCUUUGGACAAAUCACCACGGCUGCUGCCAUCCUGUCGGCCGCUUCCUCGGCGGCUGCCGCGGCCGCAGAUGCUUCGGUUUGCGACACUCCGCUUUGCGCGGAGGCUGCCAAGCAGAUCUCCAGCGCUAUGGACACGACUGCUGACCCUUGCACGGACUUCUACCAGUACUCCUGCGGUGGUUGGAUCAAGAACCACCCCAUUCCGGCCGCCAAAACCCGCAUUGGAACCUUCGACGACCUGAACGAAGCCAACCUGCAAAUCCUCCGCUCCGCAUUGGAAGCUCCUUACACUCCCGUGAAUGUUUCUUCCUGUGAUCAGGCCGCCGACCGCCACAACUUCAACAUUCCUCAGAAGCUGUACAAGCUUUGCAUGGACACUGAGAAGAUCGAGAAGGAUGGACUCAAGCCCAUCAAAGACGCUUUGAAGAACCUCAGCGGGCACUUGGCCUUGGGUGAUAACAGCGACAAGUUAGACGCCACCAAGACCGCCAAAGCUCUUGCGUACUUGGCGCAACAAGGCACCAACGCUGUCGCGAACUUGUACAUCGGAAACAACCCCUUGAACCCCGACCAGCUGGUCAUUACUUUGAUCCAGCCCGACCUGUUGUUCCCCGCCAGGGAAUAUUACAACAACACCGUCCAAGUUUCCCGCCUUCAGAACACCACUGAAGCCGUUCUCACCGCCUUGUUGCCCGCCGGAAAGACUAGCUUUGCUACCCGUGCGGCCGCCGUCGUCGAUUUCGAGAAGAAGUUGGCCGACAUUUCGCAAGAAGAGGACGUUAUCUACGAUCCCAUCUUGUCCAACAACCCCUACACUCUCGAGCAGUUCAACAACCUCAGCAAGGCGCUGCCCUGGACCACGUACCUGCAGUCCCUCUUCCCCAAGAAGGCGUUCGGCGAUCUCAUCAACGAGAACACGAAGCUUAUCGUCAACAGCGUCGACUACUUCGUCAAGCUGGGCGAAGUUCUCAGCGCCACCCCCGCUAGCGUCGUCGAAGACUCGAUUUUCUUCCGUUAUACUCUCAACAACCAGGACACCGGCGCCAAGGCUCUUCGCGAUAUCUUCCGCGACUACCUGCAGAAGAUCGGCAAGGUGGCCAAGGAGGAGCCCGCGAGAUGGCAAACGUGUAUCAAGAAAGUGGAUGCUUCCGUCGGUGAGCUCUCCGGCCGUCUGUUCAUCGCUAAGGCUUUCGGUGGAGACAGCAAGCAGCAGGCCUCGAUCAUGAUUGAAAACAUCGUCGGCACUUUCGAGGCUAACCUGCCCAACAUCGACUGGCUGGACCCCGCUACUCGCGCUAAGGCGUUGGAGAAGGCCCAGGCUGUUUUCAAGAAGAUUGGUUACGCAGACAUCGUCAUGCAGCCCAAGAAGCUUGCCCAGAAGUACAAGGCGCUCAAGGUCGGAAACUCUUACGUCAACUCCGUCAUCGACAUCAACAGGUGGAAGGCCGCACAGCAGCUCGCUGCCAUUUUGAAGCCCGCCGACCGUACCGCUUUCGACAUGACCCCUCCCACCGUUAAUGCCUACUACAACCCUCCUAUGAAUGAAAUCGUCUUCCCUGCAGGUAUCCUUCAGCGUCCCUUCUACGGAGCCGGUGUUCCGGACUACUUGAACUACGGUGGUAUCGGGAUGGUCAUUGGACACGAAUUGACCCACGGCUUUGACGACAACGGCCGUCACUACGGCGGCAACGGAGCGGUUGAAGACUGGUGGACCAACACCACCGCGGCUGAGUUCGAACAGAAGGCCGUCUGCUUCAAGGACCAGUACUCUGCUUUCCAAGUCACCGGACCCGACGGCGAGAAGGCCAACGUCGACGGCGCGCAGACCCUCGGCGAGAACCUCGCUGACAACGGAGGCAUCGCCCAGUCGUACGCCGCAUGGACCAAGGAAUACAAAUCCGCGGAGGGCGCAGCCCGCAACCAGCUCCUCCCUGGAAUCACCAACACUCCCGAGCAGCUCUUCUUCCUCUCCUUCGCCCAAGUAUGGUGCCAGAACAUCCGUCCCGAGGCCCUCUUCGCCGCCGUCGCUUCCGACGCCCACGCUCCUGCCAGGUUCCGUGUUGCGGGAACUGUCGCCAACACCCCCGAGUUCGCUCAGGCGUUCCAGUGCAAGGCUGGUACUCCCCUGAACCCCGCCAACAGGUGCAAGAUCUGGUAG